AAACAAUUAGGCUGGAAAAAUAUCCAACGCAAAAACUAUGUCCAUCCAAUACUCCUUCCUUAUUUUGCAUUCUUAUUGAACUCCCCAGUCCCCACCCAUCACACACAUUAUCAUCAAUUCAUCAUAUAUACACCAACGAACUAAUAACUUGUUAGUGAGACCUCUCUCUCUUUCUCUCUUCCUCCCUAGCUUCUUUGUGCUGUGGGUGUCGGUGAGUUCUGUCGUGUUUGAGUUUUGUCCGAGUGAGAAUGGGCAGGAAAUGCUCACACUGUGGGAAUAUAGGUCACAAUUCAAGAACUUGCACCACUUACAGAGGGAGUGCCGCCGCCGCCGUUGGUGGGCUGAGGCUCUUCGGUGUGCAACUCGACUUGCUUUCUUCAUCUCCUUCUCUUUCCAUGAAGAAGAGUUUUAGCAUGGAUUGCUUACCAUCGGCCUCGUCAUCAUCAGCUUCUUCUUCGUCGUCUUCGUCUCAAGUUGUCACCGAUGAGAAUUCAGAUAAAGCCCCCAAUGGGUAUCUCUCGGAUGGUCUCGUUGCCAGAACCCAAGAGAGGAAGAAGGGAGUCCCAUGGACAGAGGAAGAACACAGGACAUUUCUAGCUGGGCUUGAGAAGCUUGGCAAGGGUGACUGGAGGGGUAUCUCAAGGAACUUCGUCACCACAAGAACUCCAACCCAAGUUGCAAGCCAUGCCCAGAAAUAUUUUCUCCGGCAGACAUCUCUCAACAAGAAGAAGCGUCGUUCAAGCCUCUUUGACAUGGUUAAGAGCAGCAGCAGCAGUAUGGCAGAUCAGCAGGUUAGCACUACCAGUUUCAAGCUCAAGGACCCUUCUGUUUCCUGUGGAUUGUUGCCCAUUGGUCCCAUUACUUCCCCAUCCUUUACCAUAGCAACAGCUGCUUCGUUUAAUGAAGUUUAUCAGGACACUAACCUACAACCACUGUUAGACCCUAAUCCAUUAGAACAAUGCACCAAGCUAGAUGACCAAGAAACCAGUUUCUCCAAAUUUCCUUCAAGCUUUCAUUUGAUGCCAGUUCGACCAUAUGAAUCACUUGAUGCAGGGCCUAGUGCUACCAUCACAACAAACCCCACUGUCCAAAAUGCUUCACCUGAUCUAAAGCUCACACUUUCUGUCCAGAGGCCACUGGAUCAGGGUAAAUCGUCCCCAGGUCCCCUUUUAAUCGGACCCAUUAGUGUGAUCUAGCUCUAGCUAGCAGAAUCCAUGAGUGAAUAGUUGCCAUUAUCAGUGUUAUUCCUUUUUGAGCUGAAACGGAGGAUGGAACAGGUGAUCAAUUGAAGGUGGACAUUUUUAAUGUCUUUUGCACUCAACGACAUUGUUACUGUUGUACUCUCAGAAUGUUCCAAAAGAAAAUAGUCUUGUUGUCUGAAUGAGCAGACUGUGGAUGACACUUAAAUGGGAGUAGCUAGAUCUUAUCAAGGAAAGAGAGUUCCUCUGUAUAUGGGUAAUUAAAUUGAUUUACAUGUCAUGAGAACCGACAAUUUGAUGCAGUCAUGAUGUUUUGUGCUCCAUUCACGUUUCUGUUCAUUGACUGAAACAGCAACCAAAAAACAAAACAGAUGUCAGAGAUACAAAACUUUAGCAAUUACCACCACAGGAAAUCUCAAUACCUAA